GUAAAAACGAUUGUCUCUGUCAACAUUUUCAGGUUUGUUGCAAAAAUGUUUAUGUGGGAAUGGUUUACAGGAAUGUUGAACUAUUUAGGUAAGUUUUUGUCCUAGACAAAUUUCUCGCUUCUGCGGAUGGAAUUACUUCAGUGGAGAAUUAUUCUGCGAUUAAAAAAAAAUAAGUAAACGAAAAGCCUUAGCUGUUUGUGCAGAUACAUUCAGUACACUCAGAUUCAAGGGUUUUAGUAGAAAUUAAUCUAGUGUAUUAGUUAAAGAUGAGUUUUAUUUUCUCGUACUUUUACCUUUUGUCUUAAAUUUGGGCUGAUACAAACAGUGUGUUGUGCACACACUGUACAUGAUUCAUUGUAGUAUCUAUCCUGUUAGUUUUGACCACCUGUUUCAGUUUCGCUCUAGGGAAAAUUGCCAAUUUUUCAUCCAGGAGAUGAAACUAUUUUCUAACGGGCAAUUGCCUAAUGUAUGUGCUAAUUUUUUAGCCAAAGAUAUUCAAGAUUUUUGCUUCAUUGGCGAGUCUGUGUUGAGCUCAAUCUUGUUGUUGUUCAUCUAUUUUGAAAGCCAUACAAGUAUUGGGCAUUUCUUUAAAUCUUGAAAUUGAGUUACAUGAUGAGACAAUGACUUUUGUCAGUCUACCACUGUGAUUGUGCUGUACUGAAUACUUCAAGCCUCUAGUAUAGCAAACAGUUUCUAUACACUGUAUGCCCAGGAGGUUUGAGAUUCAGUCCACAUGCAGGAUGAAUACAGAGUGUUUACAGUGGAAUUAAUUUUCUGAUUGGGUUCACUGUUAGAAGAAAAACAGCAACAACAAAACAAAUAUGGCCAAUAGAGCUUAAAUUGUUAAAAAUCCCAUCUGGAAAGGGGCAUGAAUAAUAGGCAGUAUAGAGGUCACAGCAGGCUAUGGAGAGAAAGAUGUAGCAUAAUCUGGUGUGUGGAACUUGAACUUUGGACCUCCUAAAUUUUAAAGUCCAGACUUGCUUGAACCAGUCAGCAUAGUUCAUGCAUUUUUGUGUCGUGACAUUUAUAACAUUUAUUUAGAUGAAGUAUUUUGUGUCUGUUUCUCGAAAUAUCUGGGAAAGAGACUGGUGCAAAUGUUGUGAAUUAAUGAGUGAAAGGUUACUAAAAUUGAAGACCUAAUUAUUCAAUUAAUGUUGAACAGUUUUAUAAUAGUGCGUGUAUUGCUUUUUUCCCUCAGGGCUAAUGAAAAAGACUGGUAAAUUAGUUUUUCUAGGACUAGAUAAUGCUGGUAAAACAACCCUGUUGCACAUGCUGAAGGAUGAUCGUAUGGCGCAGCAUGUACCAACCCUGCAUCCAAGUAUGUUGUUUUCUUAUGUACAUAUACUUGAAGAUGUUCUUUUAUAUAUUUAUUCAUUUAAAUAGCUGUUGGAUCUACAACUGUACAAUGCUUAAUGAACAAUUCAAACUGACAGAAGGGUCAGGGCGUGAAAUUUUUUUCUGAUAGCCACUCAGCUCCUAAAUUCUUCAAAGUGGUAGCCAAUUCAAAAAAAGUUGGUCGCCAUUUUCAGAGACAAACAAAACCCUUUGUUACGCUGUCAGCAUUCUAGAUAGACCCUCCAAAAUUAAGGUAGGGAAAAGAUCUUUAAUGUGCUUUAAAGUGGACACUAGGAUGGAUGAUAUACAAUGUUCAAGCUCACCUAAAUCCAAGAUGGCGUCUAGUUAUCGAUUGAGAUGCACAUGCUGCAUUUUGGAAACAAACUUAACAAGGAAGUUUGCUGCAGAUUUAUCUCUGCAAACCUUUUUAAUCCACUAUAUCUCAUGGUAAGGUUAUGAUGAAACAUUCUAGUCACCAAUAUGGCAACCAAUUUUCAGGAUUUGGUCACCAAAGUGAAAAAUUUAGUAGCAUUGGCACCUGUAUUAGGCACAAUUUCACACCCUGAGGGUACAUUUUGGUAACAACUCACCUUGAAAAGAGGUGUCAGGAGUUGAAACAUACACGUAGUCAUUGUUGUACUCUAUAGGUUUUAGGUCUUAAAUGGAUUGUUAGAGUCAGUUUUCAAACAGUUUGUUUCCAAUAUUUUACUUAUACAGUAUGGCUCAAUAAUAAGUUAACAUUCCCUCGAUCCUCAGUUCUUGAUAACUUUGAGGAACAGGGCUUGAGUCAAGUUUUGAGACAUUCAAAUCAAGCAUCAAGACCCUUGAAACUCAGUUUGAGUUACUAUAAAUGGGUCAACAAAGGAUUUUGUGGGAAAUUAAUUUUUCAUACAAGUUGAAGUUCCUUUCUUUCAGUCUAAUCCAUGCAAUGAAAAUCCAUAUAGCAUGCAUCAUGGGUGAUAAGGAAAAUCUUCGCUCAAAAUACAAAUGUAGUUCUGAUGUUUUGGACAAUAACCUCAUGAAUAUUAUUAUUCUUACCGUAUAUGUGACCCUCCUUGUUAUCUUAAAGGAAAUGUAAACCUCAUGGUCUUGUUCAAUUUGUUUCAAAAAAUGUUAAUUGAAGUCAUUCUAUGUUAAAUCCUAGCAUCCGAGGAAUUGUCAAUGGGUGGCAUGAAGUUCACAACAUUUGAUCUAGGUGGUCAUAAGCAAGGUAGGAUAUGCUUCCCUUGUAGAUCCAUUGUUACAGUGUACUUAAGUUUAGGUAUAGGAAGGAGAGUGAGUGGAUGUGCUGAUUCCCAUACUUGUAAACUUUAGUACAGGUACAUGUAGACUCCUAGAAGAGUACCGUAAAGAGUUUAAAGGCUGACAUUUCAAGAAUUAGCCCUUUUUCAAUCGCUUUGACGAAGGGCUAACACUCGAAACAUCAGCCUUUAAACUCUUAACAGUGGUCAGUUGACGUUUUCAACUCAGUUGUUAACACUAAAUUACCUGUUAUACUCUUACACCAUUGCAGCACCACAGUUUCUUUCGAAACUUGCCCUCUUUAUUCUCAGAAGAGUAGUUUCAUUUCUAAGAUAUCCUUCUCGUAACGGUUUUACCUCUGUGUGAUGUCAGUAAACAUUAAAGGAAUAUAAUGUAAAGACGCCUUAGGAUAAGUUUUCUUAAUACAAACAUCUUCAUGCCACAGGGAAAUCAUAUUUUUCAAUUGGGAAUUCACAGGGGAUGUCCGUAGUGAAAUCAAUGUGAAUUAAGAGUUUCCAAAAUAGUCUCAGCAGGAGCAAAAUAUUUUGCUUUUAGUUAGGUUACAUUUUUAAUUUUGAGGUCACAAAACACUUCAAGCUCUAAUUCGUUUUGUCUAUAUCAGUCCAGAUUGAUAAAAAAGAACACAAAGUCAUGUACAUAUAGGAUGAUUUUCUGAUUUAUUCCACAGCUCGUCGCAUUUGGAAAGAUUACUUUCCAGCAGUUAAUGGAAUAGUCUUCAUUAUUGAUUGUGCCGAUGGAGAGAGGCUUCCCGAGUCCAAAAGUGAAUUAGAGGUUUGUGCCGUCUUGGAAGUAGUAACUUCAAAUCAAACAUGUUUAACAUGUAUCUUAUAAUUUCCUUUACUCAAGUCAAUUAUUGAUAUGAUUUUGAGGGUCUUUGGAGCUACAUGUUAAAACACUGCUCUAACCAUAUGAUGGUCUAUACAAAGGCCAUUGAAUUUAAAUAUAUUGUAUAUUUACAUCUGCACUUCACUCAAAAAAGAUAUACAUGUAUUUAUAAGUAAAAUGGUAAACCAUGGACACUACAGUGUACACUUGUGUGCUCUUUGGUAAAAUAAAAAGAAAAGGUUCAUGCAAGCAAAACAUGUACAGUGUUUGGAUGUUCAGAGGUGCAUGUACAAUCAAGUCAAGGAAGUGCUUAGGAAUAGUGUAGCUUAUAUGAAGUUAUAUUUUUUACUCGGCAGAGUUUGUUGGCUGAUGAACAGUUAGCAAGUUGCCCUGUUCUUCUUCUUGGUAACAAAAUUGAUAUCCCUGGUGCUGCAAGUGAAGAUGUCAUUAGACAGUACUUUGGCCUUUAUGGUCUCACCACAGGAAAGGUACUAAAGUCUCACUGAACUAUCUGUGUAGUUGUUCUGAAUGUCAUUUUAUGUUAUGUUAUGAUACAGAACAAUACUCUUUACAGAGCAUAAGUAUAUUCUGAUGUCUCAACAUUAAGAAAAGAUGAAUCAAAUGUUCUUGUUCAUCAUUGAUGUUACUUGCUUGUACUAUUUUGAUAUGUUUCCUAAAUUAAUGUUUCUUUGUGCAUGCAGUGUUCCUGGGUUUUAAAUUGUAAAGGUGUAUAAGAUUAAUAAAUUGAUUGAAGUGUCAAAUCUAUGGCAGUGCAGAACUACUAAGGGUUACAACACCAUGGAAUUUUUCAUUCAUGCUUAAUGGCCACAAGUGCAGUUACAACUACUUGUAACCUUUAUGUGGCAUCUCUUAAUUAUGCCUUGUAAGCUUUUUACCAUAGUAUUGAAUGUGCAUCUACAUGUAUGAAAUAACAAUGGUUUUCCCACAGGGAAAUAUUGCCGCUAAAGAUCUGCAAGCCCGGCCAAUGGAAUUGUAUAUGUGUAGUGUGUUAAAAAGACAGGGAUAUGGUGAAGGUAAGUUU